CAUCAGCCAAAUACAGUUGGUUGUUCGAUUCAGUUCCAACUCAACCGCUUGUACGAUACAUCGCGCUACAGAAUUUGUUUAUUUUUUAUAUCAAGAAGAAAGCUUUCACUGGUCCAGCUUGUAAAUCAUAUCGAAAGAAAAUUUCCGUGUUUUCAGCACGUUCUGCUUUCGUUGAAGUGUAAUGUCACGAUUAGUCUGAAUGGGCUAUUGAUACUUGAUCUAUUGAUGAAAUGAUUUUGAAUAUAAUUGAGUGAAAAAAAACAUCAAAAUUGUGUUUCAUACAAUUUCAAUAAACGAACAAACGGCCAAGUCAAAUCCCAUGUUAUUUGUCGGAAAAGUUGUUUUUUUUUCUGCUUUUUCAGUAUUUUUGAAUUUUAAGUGGCUGUAAAGCACGAGGCAAAUCUAAAUUCAAAUCGUUGCGCUGGUUAGCGGUUUAAAAAGAAUUUUUAUUUUGAAUUUUACAAUAGUAUACCAAACAUGUUUUGGAUAUUACGGCGAACGGGUGCUGCUACCUUUUUUAAUUCAAUCAAUAACAAUUGCUCAUCAAAAUCGAACGUGAACAAUAACAAUGCAUCAGACAAAAAUAACCAACGACCGCAACGCAAAGCUUACGGACGGCUCAGCAUUGAAGAUGACAGCAAUAUGGAUAUGUUGUCACGAUCCGAUUCGUUGGACAACCUAGAUAAUUUUAACAAGAAUUCAGCAAAAAACUCAAAUAUCGAUACAUACUCCAAUGAAAAUGUGUCCACUGUGGACUCGGAAUAUCAAAUACAUAGAAAUUCAAGGAACAAAAUGGGCUCUUUAAGCGAAAGUAACUUCAACAGACUGGCAAUGGCAAUAUCGGAUGAUGAUGAAUACGACGAAUCCUUAACGUGUAAUGUAUGUGACCGAGCUUUUCAUUGUCAUCGACAACUUGCGUCCCAUCAACAAAAGAAACGGCAUUUUGGUUGCAGCGGCUGUGAUAUGCUAUUUCCUUCGCUAAUGUUGCUGGAACAUCACAAAGAGGAAUUUGAGCAUUGGAGCGAUGUUGAUGAUGACGGUCAGCCACCUUGCUGCUAUCGAAAUCGAGGUGAUGAAUUUACGGACACAGAUUCAAUAACCAGCGACGCUGAGAGUGAGGACUUGGAAAGACUUUUGUAAGGUGUGUGUGUGUGGAUGCGGUAUAAUAUAUUAUGAAAAUCGAUUUAUAAACGAAAUAUCUGUUUAGCGCAAUAUAACACUUGUACACGUCGGCGUUUUUUUUUUUUUAUUAAUUUUUUUUUGAUGAUGUCAGAUUGGAAAAAAUGAAAAGCAAAAAAAAUUUAAAUGAAAAUGAAUCAAUGGAAAAAGCGAUGAAGAGAAGAAAUAAAAAAUGAAUGAUGGAGAUGAGUUGUGUAAAAAUGUAAAUUGAGAGAGAGGAAGGUUUUUGUAGGGAAUUUCUGUUGUACAAUUUCAUUUUUAUGAAAUUAUACAUGGGAAAUAAUGGUAAGUCAUCUUACAUUAUGUGCAUGCUUUUGUUGAUAUAAAUCCCACAAAAGCGAUGUGGAUCAAGCAGCGAAAAAACGAUGACAGCAUUCACGCUGGCAAAACGGUCUUAUCAGAUUUCGUAUUUGUAGAUCCACAGCGACAGAUUACUUUAAAUUCCAUUGAAACGUUCAACUUGUUGAACAACACGUGAUGAUACCAUCAAAUAUCAAUUUCCCUUGAAAAUGGUUGCAGUGAUUGAAAGACGCUCGGUUUGUGCAUUAUUUUACACACAAUUAAAUCCGAAGGUAAAUUGUGUGAACAAAUGAUUGGAACUACUUGGAAAACGUUCUUACGGUACUUCCGAAGUUGAUAAUCAAAGUUAAAUUGAGGAGAAAGAUUAUAUGCAGAAGUGAGAGAAGCGCUUCAAGUUGGUUAGAAAUUGCAACAGUGCUCAAUUUACCGUUGUUGAUUUUUUGAACCAUUGAUUUGCUUUAUUGAGUUUCCAAACAAGGAACUACAAUUUUAUUUUAUUUAAUAUAGCGAAUGUAUUCACUGUUUACGUCCUAGGUAAUACUCAGUAAAU